AUGAAGACCACUGCUACUUCCGCGACCGUCCUUCUCACUAUUGCACUCCUUUGCGGUGCUCUCCUCGUCUCUGCUGCAGAUGCUGCAAGGCAGCUACCAGAAGAAGGCCGGGUUGAGAGCCAAGACGCAGCAGCGGCGGCGACGGCGUACACGACCAUGCCAGAGAGGGCAUGGUCGAAGACGACGGCCAUGGCGUGGACGCAGCAGCUCCCCUCAGGACCAAGCCCCAGGGGUCCUGGCCACUAG